CUUGCCAUAUGAUUACGUACGGACCCGCUUCCUAGGACCCCUCCACUCUCCUGUGUGCGUCGGAGACACAAAACCCUCUAGGGUUUAGGGUUUGAAGUUUGAACUCCUCACCACCACCAGAAACCCUUAACCCAACGCAGACAACGCCAUGGCACGAUUCCCAAGACCCUACACACCCCGUCUUCUCUACACACUCUACUCUACCAGAACGACGGCGUCCCAGUCUCCAUCCCCAAUGACCACCCUCCUCAGCAACAACUUCCACCUCCAAUUCCGCCAUUUUUCGUCUGGGAACCUGGCGCGUGCUGCAAAGGAGGGAGAGGAGCCGUGGUGGAAGGAAUCGAUGGAUCGUCUCCGCAACAUCGGUAUCUCGGCUCACAUCGACUCCGGCAAGACCACGCUCACGGAGAGGGUUCUCUACUACACAGGUCGGAUCCAUGAAAUACACGAGGUCAGAGGGAGAGAUGGGGUCGGAGCCAAAAUGGACUCCAUGGAUUUGGAGAGGGAGAAGGGGAUUACAAUCCAGUCCGCCGCCACCUACUGUACUUGGAGCGGCUAUCAGAUUAACAUCAUUGACACCCCUGGUCACGUUGAUUUCACUAUUGAGGUUGAGAGGGCUUUGCGUGUUCUUGAUGGUGCCAUUCUUGUCCUUUGUAGUGUUGGUGGUGUGCAAAGCCAGUCGAUCACUGUUGAUCGGCAAAUGAGAAGAUAUGAGGUUCCCAGGCUUGCAUUCAUUAACAAACUCGAUCGAAUGGGAGCAGAUCCUUGGAAGGUUCUGAACCAGGCAAGGUCUAAGCUCCGGCAUCACAGUGCUGCCUUGCAAGUUCCAAUUGGGUUGGAGGAUGAUUUUAAGGGUCUUGUUGACCUUGUGCAACAAAAAGCAUAUUAUUUUCAUGGUUCCAGUGGUGACAAAGUUGUUAUUGAAGAAAUUCCUACCGAUAUGGAGAACUUUGUUGCAGAAAAGAGACGUGAACUAAUAGAGGCUGUUUCUGAAGUUGAUGAUAAACUUGCUGAGGCUUUUCUAAAUGAUGAGCCCAUAUCGCCUACUGAACUCGAGGAAGCAGUUCGCCGAGCAACUAUAGCACGGAAAUUUGUACCUGUAUUCAUGGGUAGUGCAUUUAAAAACAAGGGAGUUCAACCACUUCUUAAUGGUGUACUUAGUUAUUUGCCUUGUCCAACUGAAGUGAGUAACCAUGCUCUUGACCAGACUAAGAAUGAAGAGAAGGUUACUUUGUCAGGAACGCCAGAUGGACCUCUUGUGGCGUUAGCUUUUAAAUUGGAGGAAGGGCGCUUUGGUCAGUUGACAUAUCUAAGAAUCUACGAGGGAGUUAUUCGGAAGGGUGAUUUUAUACAUAACAUAAACACUGGAAAGAAGAUUAAGGUUCCUCGCUUGGUUCGAAUGCAUUCUGAUGAGAUGGAGGAUAUUCAAGAGGCACAUGCUGGUCAAAUAGUUGCCGUAUUUGGUGUGGAUUGUGCAUCAGGAGAUACAUUUACCGAUGGAUCAGUUAAAUACACCAUGACCUCCAUGAAUGUCCCUGAGCCAGUGAUGUCUCUAGCAGUUCAACCAGUAUCUAAAGAUUCAGGAGGACAAUUUUCGAAGGCUUUGAAUCGUUUCCAGAGAGAGGAUCCUACUUUCCGUGUUGGGUUGGAUGCUGAGAGUGGGCAGACAAUUAUUUCUGGAAUGGGAGAGCUGCAUUUGGACAUAUAUGUUGAACGCAUUAGGAGAGAGUAUAAGGUUGAUGCAACUGUUGGCAAGCCUCGUGUAAAUUUCAGAGAAACUGUUACACAACGUGCUGAAUUUGAUUAUUUACAUAAGAAGCAAACUGGCGGACAAGGCCAAUAUGGGCGAGUAACUGGAUAUGUUGAACCACUUCCUCCAGGGUCAUCAACUAAGUUUGAAUUUGAAAACAUGAUUGUUGGGCAAGUUAUACCAUCAAAUUUCAUCCCAGCAAUUGAGAAAGGUUUUAAAGAAGCAGCCAAUUCGGGUUCAUUAAUUGGACAUCCAGUCGAAAAUCUUCGUGUUGUUUUGACAGAUGGUGCUUCCCAUGCUGUGGAUUCCAGUGAACUUGCAUUCAAGUUGGCCUCAAUAUAUGCAUUUAGACAGUGUUAUGGGGCUGCUAAACCAGUAAUUUUGGAGCCUGUCAUGUUGGUAGAGUUGAAAGUUCCAACAGAAUUUCAGGGCACUGUUGCUGGUGAUAUCAACAAGAGAAAAGGUGUCAUCGUUGGAAAUGACCAGGAUGGAGACGAUUCUGUUAUUACUGCAAAUGUUCCCCUGAACAAUAUGUUUGGAUACUCAACAGCUCUUCGGUCAAUGACACAGGGAAAAGGCGAAUUUACAAUGGAAUACAAAGAGCAUUCACCAGUUUCUCAUGACGUGCAGAUGCAAUUAGUAAACACUUACAAGGGCACAAAGGCUGAAUAGAUGGCGGUUUCAAUUGAAGCAUUUUGUUCUAAUAUUUAUUGAUAGAGUGAUAUUUAGCUUGUUAUGGGGAUUUUUUUAAUUUCAGAUUUAUGAGCUUAUUUUGAAAACGAUAUAGCUGAUAAGUUUGAUCCUAUGGUGAUCAAUUAAUUUUGAAAGGCAGAAAUAAAUUCAAGUUGUCGUUUUUUUUUUUUUUUUUUUUUUUCAACUGAUGUAGAAUACCAACUGUACUUUCCAGUCACAAGCUUGUACCAUAAUAUCUGAAAGUGUAUCAUGUCACAUUCUAGUUAUUUCUCUCUAUAGAGAGCUAUACAAUAAGAUGUUUGUCCUUCCUUUCUCA